AUGGCGUACAACGCCGUCGCUCAAGUCGACCACGAGGUGGCUUCUGUUUCUUCUGCUUCCGUAUCACCCAUGCCCUCGCCUGCUCAUGAACAUGCAUUCCAGCAGUUGCCGCUUGAUACUGAUCACAUCGGGGGAGGGAGCCACCUGGAAAUUGCCAAAACCGAAGACAACUCCGGAUUCGGUCAGUUAGGUUCGAUAAUCCGCUCCAUGACUUCUACUAGCUACGAUGUGGUGGAGGAUGAUGACUAUGAUGCCGAUCCUCCCGCCGAAGAGCGAUCCAACAGCCUCCGCAUUCCACCACUCAAUACGAAUGCGGCGCGACCUUCUUCUCCCGAGCGCCCCCUCCACAGCGCAUGUAGCGAGGUUUCCGUACCUCUCAGCCACCCUACCCCGGAUUUACAGUCGAUACAAGGAGCCUAUAAAGGAAAUGUAACGCGGUUGGAACAAAGCGCGGAGCAGCUGAGCUCGUGCUCCACGGACAUCGAGAGCGAGAUCCGUCGUAUCGACCAAGAACAAAAGCGACGCUCAGUUAGUUCCACGUCCAAUUCCAUUCACCGGAAUGGUGCAUUCUCUCCAGCAGGGACAAUUUCCUCCGCCCAUGGAUCGAAUGUAUCCCCGGCGCGUCAGCGCUCCGUCUCGGGGGCGCGUCUGGCUCAGCUCUCGGAGCCUGCGGGCCAUGGACAUGAGGAUGAAGUGGAUGAAUUUCCCGAGCUCCCUAAUCUACCACCGUCCCAACUUCUGUUCAAUACUCAGAGCGAUUACUAUUACGAUCAAUAUGUCCCACAAGGAGUUCCCGCAGAGGCGGAGGUGGAGCGCCGGGCUUCGGUCGCAUCGAACGAUACAUACCAGCAGGCGCGGACACUAUUCACCGACUUUGAUGGCGUCCAUUUCACACCAUCGGAACAGGGUCGCCAGGUUUCUUUGGAGCAGCCGCCACUCGCCCGCAAGCCGGAACAUUACAAACACCCGCGAGCAGGAGAGAAUAUGGUGUUUUAUCCCGCACCUGUACCACGUAUGCUGAACUUGCCACCGAAGUUGUCGCGCAAGGAAAACAUCGACCGGGAUAAGCGUCGUACAUACCUUGCAGGUGCCAUCGCUGCCGAUAAUAGAAAGUCGACUGCUGUGCUGCCUGACGCCGAACGAAGAGACCCACGAGAUAGCGAUAAACGCAAAUCGACAGUGCCACCACAUCUCCGUGCGAGCGUAUUUUUUGAUCAGCCGAGUACAUCACUCCAGGUCGAGGUUAAGCAGGAGUCUGCGGUUGCUACGCUGGAUAGCAUUUUGGACGCAUCUGCGAAUGCCCCCGUUUCAGCUUUCACUGAUCACCCUUAUGCUGGUCAUGUCGGCGCGUUCAUCUAUAACAAAUCAAAACGCAAGACCCUGACAAAAGAUCCGGCAGGGCAAAAGACAAGUCGUCUUUCACGAGCCACGAUGGGCGAGCCCUAUAACACUAAUUAUGUAGACGAGCAUGGAAACCCUGUCAAUCCGCGACAUGGAUCGGAAGCUGGGAAUGAUUCAGAUAGAAGCCAUGAUGAGGAAGGCCACGAGCGUGGGUCGGAAGGCACUGAGAGUGAAAGCGAUGAUCAAUCUGAAGACGAAGAGGAGUCGGAAGAUGAGGAAUUGGAUUAUGUCGGUCCACCGAACACCCUGAUUGCUGAAUUGGAGUUGCGGAAGCAUGAGUUGAAGCACCGACGCCGGACGGCGGUGCCCAUGCCUUAUCGUGGCAUGCAGACCACUUUGUUAGAAAUGGACGCAAGGGCCCAAAAGCAAAGCGACAAACGGCGGCAGCGCCGUGUCGCUUUGGCUUGGGAAGGGCGGGAUGAAGACGAUGAUGUCCCCCUGGCUAUGCUAUACCCCGACCAAAACAAUAACGAAGAUGAUGAUCGACCCUUGGGGUUGAUGGCGCUGCGGCAGCAAGAAGAAAAUGAGCCUCUGAGCUCACGCCGUGCUAGGCUGCGGGGUGAACCAAUCCCGCAGCCGGAGCAACGUCCUGCUACAAUGUAUGCAGAACCCCCGGCACAUGUUCCUGAGCCGGCCGCCGAGAGUGAUGAUGAGACAGAGAUAGAGACUCUCGCCGAACGACUCCAACGAUUGAAGGGACACAACCGCUCGGAGAGUAAAUUCGCUAGCGACUUGAUGGCUGAAAUUGAUAGCCGGGCUGGAGGUGCGCCCAAAGAAGCCCAAGAAGUCCCCGGUCCUAGCGAGGAAGAGACACUCGCACAACGCCGCAGCCGUCUUCAGAAAGAGUCUGCUGCCCAACUCGGGCCCCCAAAAAACCCGCGAAUGCGCCGGAGCAUGGCCGCGCUUACACAGGGUCGUCCUUCCCAGCUUGCUCGCCAAUCGUCGUAUGAUAUUUUCAAUCAGCGGCCUGUGACCAUGUCCCAGUAUGGGAACCGCAUGUCCAUGCAACAGUUUCCACCCCAAAUGGGAUAUCCGGCACCUGCGGGUUACCCAAUGACACAACAAUAUGGGUAUCCUAUGAACCCUGCGAUGAUGGGCAUGAAUGGCAUGGGAUAUGCUCCAAGCAUGACACAACACCCUAGCCCAGUCCAAGUUGACCCUCAAGUGAUCGAUCGCUGGAGACAAAGCAUCCGUUGA